UCACUCUCUCUCUCCCCUCCUCUUCAGCUCUUUCUUUCACACUCACACUCAUUGGUGGAUUGCCAGCCUCAAAGAACCGACCAGCACGCCGUCUGUGCUUUACCGUGAUGUAUUCAACGAUUUCUGCUCUGUAGCUUCUGUUUUCAGUGCAGUUCUAUUCAGUGUGUCAGGCUGGAACAUCCUCUCUCUGCUGUUCAACUGUAGACCGCUUCAUAGCUCUUGCACGGGGGUCGAAGCGAUGGAAGCUGUAGCUAUCUACGACUUUCGUGCCACAGAAAACGAUGAACUCACGUUCCAGAAGGAUGACAUACUUAAGAUUACCAAUAUGGAAGAUGAUCCAAACUGGUACACGGCAGAGUUAAUGGGAAGGAAGGGAUAUGUCCCCAAAAACUACAUCAGUUUGAAUCCAAACACGUGGUUUGCAGGCCGGAUUUCCAGGCAUGUAUCUGAGGGACGACUGCGACAGCGGGAAUGCGGUGCCUUCUUGGUACGAGAGAGCGAAAGCGCACCUGGGGAGUUCUCAAUGUCUGUCAGCUAUGGUGAUCAUGUGCAACACUUUAAGGUUCUGAAGGACAGAGAGGGACAGUACUUUAUCUGGGAUGAGGUCUUUUCGUCUCUCAACCAGUUGGUGGAAUUCUACAAAAGCAACAGCAUUGCUAAAGAAAGGACAGUCUUUCUCCGAGAGGCAGAACACUCACAAAGGCGGCCACAUCAUGCCCAUGCGUUGGUAGACUUCAUCCCCAAGCACAACUCACAGCUACAGUUCCUGCGUGGUGAUGUCAUUGACCUGCUCGACUGCUCAGACCCGCAGUGUUGGAAGGGACGAUGCAAUGGGCGUGUUGGCCUCUUCCCUAAAGAGUAUGUCAAGCUCAUUUACCACUGACCUCAGCAGAACUUCAUGCAGGAGGUCACACGUGGUCCUUUAUGUCCAGCGUGUCUGAUCUGAUAUACCAUCUGAUGUACCUAAUUCAACGUAUUAGUUAUUAAAUAGACUUUUAACCAGGAAAUAAUUGAAAGUCACGUGGACUGCUCCAGACAAACAUACCAAAAGGUAUAAUGUUGUGUCUGUGGAAAAAUACAUGUCUUCCCUGAUGAGCGGUGAACAGGUACACAGAAAGAACUGUAUAAUCCUUUUCAUGUAGCCUACAGUAUAAACAUGUAAUGAUUAUAAGACACUAAGAGACUCUCUUUGGGCUUCCCAAAGAGGAAAGAAGAAACACCACUAAACAAUAAAAAAAAGGUUCAAACAGGUUCAAACCUAAAUGCAUUUAUACCACAGGGUCAAAUGCUACAUUUUUGCUGCACUUUUUUGUAAACUUUUUUUUGCCACAGUUCGUUAAUUGCAGAGUGUGUUUGUGGUAUUUUUAUAUACAUGCGUGUCUAUUUGUCUAUUGUUGCUGUUAUUGACAUAUAUCUCAUACAUAAAUUGGAUGUGAUUAUUGCAGUAAGGAAGGGGGAAAUAAAUAUUAUAUUGUAUUAA